UCGAAAGUGCAUUUUGUUUGGAUCAGAUAAGGAUGAAUGCGCUUUGAACAGCAAUCCAUGCGUCCACAAGAAAAGCUGCAAAAACGCCCCUGGAGAAGGUUUGAAGUGCUCAUGUCCAAAGGGCCACGAAGGAGAUGGAUUGAGAAAUGGCCAAGGCUGCAGACCCAAAAGAGACAAAAACACAGGGAAUCUUAUUCUUAUAAUUGGAUUGAGUUUGAGCUUAAGUCUAUUGGCAGUGGUUGUGGGAUGCCUGAACAUAUACCCUCAAUUCCGUGAAAGAAAGCUCAUGAAAAUCAGAGAGAAUUAUUUUAAGAAAAAUGGUGGCAUGUUAUUGCAAAGGCAGAUUGAUCUGGUCAAUGGCUCAACCGAGAGAGCCACAAUUUUCACUGCUGAGGAGCUCAAGAAAGCCACCGACAACUACGAUGAUGAUAGAAUCAUAGGCAAAGGAGGACAUGGAACGGUGUACAAAGGUAUAUUAUCAAAUGGCAGUGUUGUUGCCAUCAAGAAGGCCAUGGUUUGCAACCAAACCGAGAUUGGCCAAUUCAUCAACGAAGUGGUCGUGCUUUCCCAAAUCAACCAUAGGAAUGUUGUCAAACUACUAGGUUGCUGUCUGGAGACUGAGUUUCCUUUGCUUGUUUAUGAGUUCAUCACCAACGGUACCCUCUGUGAGCAUCUACAUUUUGAAGGUGAGGCAUGUGGUGAUAAACACAAACUUUCAUGGACAACACGUUUGAGAAUUGCAGCAGAGACAGCAGAAUCUCUUGCAUACUUGCAUUCUUCUGUUUCCACACCCAUCACACAUAGAGAUGUUAAAACAGCAAAUAUUCUUCUAGAUGACAACCUCACAGCCAAAGUUUCUGACUUUGGUGCUUCAAAGCUUGUUCCUCUUGAUCAAACUCAGUUAACAACGUUGGUGCAAGGAACCAUGGGUUACCUUGACCCUGAGUACUUCCAAACAAGCCAACUAACCGAGAAGAGUGAUGUUUACAGCUUUGGUGUUGUUCUUGCAGAACUAUUGACAAGUAAGAAGGCACUUUCGUUCUUUAGGCCUCAGAGUCAUAGGAAUUUGUCCAUGUAUUUUGUUUCUGCAAUGAAUGAGGGUCGGUUGGAUCAAAUAUUGGACAAGGAAAUCGUGAGUGAUGCAAGUGUUGAGUAUGUGAUAGAAGUUGCUAAUCUAGCCAAAAGGUGUCUUAGGUUGCAUGGAGAAGAAAGACCAAGCAUGAAAGAAGUUGCUAUGGAGUUGGAGGGAAUAAGGAUCAUUGAAAAACAUUCACUGGGAGGAGCAAAAGAUGUUGCAUCUCAGGAAGAAACAGAGAGCUUUCUCAAACCACGUUCUCAUUUUAGUAUUGAUCACGGUGAUGGUACUGGUAGCAGUACAAUUUCUAGGUUCUAUGAUUUGCAUAACCAGAUUUUGGAACCACUUGAAGAUGGACGAUGAACAACAAACGCAGAUCGGGAUAAGUUGUAAGAUUUCAGAUUCACUUAGUUGUAACCAUACGCAGUUAAACAUAUAUAAUAUAUUAGAAAUUUUAAUAUUUAGAACAACAAAAUUUAUUUAAGUUAGAGUUUGAUUAAAUAUAUGUUAGUUUUCCUUUAUACAAAGUGGGUUUUGUUGGACAUUUCACAAAGUAUCUUUUAGGACUUACUCAUCAUCUCUUC